GUUAGUAAAACCCGUCCUUUCGAAACCGCUCCGCCCUGAGGCGGCGCUGUGCGAAUGGAAGGCGACCCCGCGUUGGUCCAUCUCCUCAAGCUCCCUCCGGCCACCCCCCAAGGAACCCUCUCCGAAGUGCUCCAAACCCUCUGGAAGAAUCGAAGGACCGGCCUCGACUCCCUCGAGAAGUCUCGUGUCCGGUCUCUCCUCGCGCUUUCCGUAACCGACGAGCUCGAUCCAAUUUUGGCUUCUCUUCGAUGUCUCAUAAGAAAGUGCAUUGGUGACAAGCUAGCGGGAGAUAACAUCAGCAAAUUGUUUCCUCCUGGUCUUCCUACUGAACUUCAAACCAUUAUUUUGCUAAUAUUCAAUAAGUAUCUUCAUCAGUGGAUUGAGGAAUCAUCGACAGACCAGCCUCUUCAGCAACAGAUAAGGAUUUCAGAUCAGGUCAAAGUUAAUGCCAUCCCUGCUCUUCCAUCUUUCUCAUUGUUGGAGAAUUUGUCAUCCAUCUGGCAAAUAAACAAUAGAACUUAUAUCAAUAAUAAGAAUGUCCAGUCUUCCAAUGAAAUUGAUGCCGAUUCACAUUCUCCAUUGGCAACUACCAUGUCUCUUCACGAGGAAUUUGGCUCUUCCAAGAAUAUGGUACCAAAUGACAAUCUUCCUAGACUGAGGUCGAUGACAUGGACCAUGCAAAACCGAAAUUCGCAACCUUCAAAUAGAGUAGCUAUCAUCACAUUAAAGUUGCAAGAUUACGCCAACUCUCCAUCAGGGGAACUCGACGUUAAAUUUCAGCUUUCCAAAGACACAUUGGAAGCCACGUUGAGGACAAUGGCCUACAUUAGCGAAGAGCUAUUGAAUUCAGUGGACCAGUCAUCAGAACCCUCUGCAAAGAAGCAGAAACAACAGUGAAGUCUCAAUCCAUUCAAUCUUUUAUGGAUCUCCUUAUAGUCAAGCAUCAUCAUGAAAAUCCCAGUCAACUGAGACCACAACGAUCGUAACCUUUCAUGUGUAAUAUAUCUCCUUUCCAGGACUAGUCCUGGGCGAGUAAUACAUAAGAGUGCUCCCUUUUCUCUUGUUUAAGCAGUUGCAUUAAUAUUACGUUGUGGAUACCUUCAUCAGCUAACCAGCUAGUUGUAGUUAGCUUCGAACGGGCAAUGUCUCUUUCUCAUCACUUCCAGGUACAUGCGAUGACAUUUAUUUAAUUUUUUUAGAAAUAAGUUUUCGACAA